GAUGAAGAGUGCAUUCAUUUAGUUUAAGCCUUAAAAAUGAGAGCGAUGGCAGCAGCACAUUCUUGGACUUGUUUGCUAUUGUUGUGGAUUAUUGCUGAUACAUCUGCGAAAACUCCAGAUGUCCAGGUAACCUGCAUGUUCUCGGAAGAUUGUGUCCUACCAUGUGUCUUUGAAGCAGUUGGAGAUGAGAUCAUAUACUGGUUCAGACAGAAUGUCAUGAUCCACAGUUAUAAACAGGGGAGCGGUCUGUUAGAGCAGCCUGCUGAUCAACACUACAACAACAGGACGUCACUAUUCACUGAAGUGAUUUCCUCUGGUAAUGCAUCUGUUCAUAUCCAGAAGAGCGGCCCACGGGACAGGGGGAAGUACAGGUGUCUUGUCACCAGCAGUCGAAAAACCAGUGAGCAAUUCAUCAUUGUCAAGGUAGAAGCCCCUAUCCACUCAGUGAGCCUCGAGACGACACGUCUCAGUGGUUUCGAGGAAGUCAUAUGCUCCACCCGAGACGUCUACCCAGCUCCCCGUGUAACCUUGUACACAGAGCCAGCCGUUCAGCCUGACGCCCUCCAAACCUUCGCACGCAAAACGGCCGACAAACAAGGCCGGUACUCGGUGGAGAGCAAGAUCAGGAAGCUGGAAGAUCUGACCUACAUCUGCCUCGUCCAAUCAUUCUACAGGUCUGAGACAUGGAGGACAUCACUGCAGGAGAAAGAAAUAUCUAGCAUCGAAGGUCAGGACUUAAAAAUAUCUUGCACGGCUCCAUGGAACUUGCAGAACUUCACACUGACAUGGUCCUUCACCAAAGGACACGAGUCCUCAACCAUCUACACCUAUGACAGCCUCACACAGCUGAGCUCCAGCGUUUGGAAGGAGAGGGUGCGACUGGUGACCCCCAGGGCUCAGGGUGGGGACGGGUCACUGCAGUUACUCAUCCCGCUGAGACUGGAGGACGCUGGGCUCUACACCUGCAUCCUCUCUGCUCUCCGGACCAAGCAUGAGGUCCGUAUUAGAGUCAACAUCAUAGAGUCGACUGUUUCAGCUAGAAGACAGCCCGAGAGCUCCAUCCGGUGGUGGAUUCCCGCUACUGUCAUCACAAGCCUUGCAGUCUCUGCAGUCGCAGCAAUAGUGACUAUAAAAUGUAAAGUUGGAUGUUCAAAAUCAAGUCAAACCAACGUAGAGGCUGCAGAGAUGCAACCAAUCAGAGAGACAGAUGCGAACAGUGGAGCUCCAUCUGAGGAUCCCUGCUUAACGGAAAGAUCGCCAACAGAACUGCAUGAGAAUACAUGAUGAGGAACAUUUUAUUUAUUUUAUUUAUUUAGUUUACAGUCGCCUAUAUGGCACGCAGCAAUCUCUAAAACCAUUUUAAAUUCAGAAAGUGGCUUUGUUGUGUCUAUAAAGUAAGUGUAGGCUACGCUACUAUAUUGGAGUUAACCGUCCAUUCUAUUUAUUGUAAAGUUUAAGUAUAGGUUGAAACAGGGCAGGCUAAGGCUGUUGUUGUUGUUGUUGUUGUUGUUGUUUGGGAAAAGUCUAAAUACAGUAGGCCUGGUAAUGAUACAGCCUAUUAAUGACAUAAAAACUAUCCAGUAUUGAACUUCUAUUUUAUUUUUACUAAUUGUACACAUGUUUUUAUGUGUGCUUAUCUCAAAAAACGUUUUGAAUUGCGUAUGCUACUAUGUUGACCAUGGUAAUCUCACAAAUGAAACUGAUUUCUAAAUACAGUAAAUAUUGAAUGUAUUUUUAAAGAUACAAAGUCUAACUUUUUACAGUCUAAUCUGUAAUGAAUCAUUAUCCCACAGCAACAUAGUGUCGGCCGGGCAGAGGUGAAUGCACAUGUUAAAAAAUGCAAUGGAUUGCAAGAAGCUGUAAUGAACUACUAGCCUAAGCCUUAUUUCAACAUGAUUUUUCGACAUGUUUUUAAAAAGCAUUUGCUGUUAAUAAUAGCCUAUGGUGUUAUUUAGCCUUUUAUUACUUUUUGGGUAAGAAAUAUUUAGCAUUUUUAUUUUAUAUUAUUUCUGAGUGUGUGUAGCCUAUAUAUAUAUGUUUAAGAUGUUUGUACAACAUUUGCCUUCAUAUUUCAUGCAUAUUUUAUGCAAAGGUAUUUAACAAAUAACAAAUACGUAAUUUGUUUUACAUUCAC